AUGCUGCGGUUGUCGUGUUGCUCCCUUCAGUGUUGGGGGUCGGGGACGCAGAUAUGCAGAAAGGCGGUGGCUCGCCCACUUCGUAAAACAACGAAAAGGCCACGGAAGACGCUUCGCAAGGGAGAUGCAAGAUCCGCCGUCCCCUCCCCCACACCUGCAACGCCGCCCUCGACGCUGCACACAUCGGCGCAGGCGUUGGAGAAAGCAAAUGCAUCGCCGCCGCUGCCGCUGUCAUCGCGGAAAGAUGCGAAAGCUGGCGUUCCAGCGUCAGCGCCGCCGCCGCCACCACCACCGUUCGUUUUCUCGAAGGAAAAUAUGCAAUGCAUCACCCCGCUCGUGUUGCGCGCCCGCCUUCGGUCUGUUCUGGUCCAGCUGGUGCUGCUCUCGCCGGAGCCUCUCCGGCCCAGUGCCCUCUUCACGCUGUUCAACACUGUCGUCGACGCAGAAACGGCAAAGAUGUUUGCGUGUGCCUCGCACGCCGUACAGCUCUACACUUCCCACACGUUUCGGCAAGCAGCUCCGCAUGUCGCGUGCAACACGGAAGCGACCACGGCUGAGGUGCGCAGCACACCACCGUCAGACCACGAUACCGCGUGCGAGCAUGAAAUUUCGGCGGACGAGCUGAGCCGCAUUGGCAGGGAGUUUGCCGCGGCGUAUCGUGAUAGCAUUGUGCCUCUCGUCGCCGCACUGCUUACGGCCGGCGAGCAGCACUCUUCAGCAUCCGUCGGCGUUGCCCCUGCGAAGGAGGCCUCCGCUGUGCAGACCGCGGAUGCCCAUGGCGGCGAGGAUGUCCCUGCCAGUCACGACGUGGACCAGUGGAUGCUCCUCCAUAUCCUCUUCUGCGAUCCUGAGUUUCGUGUCUCCGGCUACGGCGGGGCGGUGUGCUACCCAACGCUGCCGUCCCUGCUGCUGGCCACCUCCACCCGCAUGCAGGACGUGGAUCGGCUGAGGGAGUGUUACGCGUUGCAUUGGCCCGCAAGGUCUAUGCGAAGCGCAGCAGCCACCACCACCACCACAGCAGCCGCAUCGCCACCGAAAGACGGCACCCACGCGUACCUCUCGCAUCGGGUGUCAUCCCCAUCACCUCCCACCACUACAAGCAGCCCUGCUGCUGCGGCGGCGGCUGCUGCUGCUGCUGCUGCUCCUGUGACGACGACGCACACAUCGAACUUUGUUUGGCUGGACGGAGCUGCUGGGCGCCCGCCGUGGACGCUGGCGCAUGCGGAGUACGUCAUCUACGACGCCUUCUCCUCCCAAAAGCCCACCGCGGAGGCAGCCGCGACGUCAAAAGCGGAGAGAAGUAAAAGCGAGGCGACGACCCCGGUGGCGUCACCACCGGAUCUGACCGGCACAUCCGGCCAUCGUUUAGUGGACUACUUUAUUUCUCAGUCCGCGUAUGUGCGUGUCAUGGGCGAGGCCCCGGCGCUGAUGGAUAGUGACAGGGCGGCGGCGAAGGCCUUCCCUGCCAUGGGCUGGAAUGAAGGGACGCAGGGCUCGCCGCUGCUGCAGCAAUACGCGAACGAGCUGGCGGCCGCGGAUGGCAUGUACGGCUUUUUCCUCUCGCAGCACGCGACGUUGCGGCAGCCCAGUGGGGAGCUUUACCGGUCCAAUCUGCGGCUUCUACAGAACCUAUUUCGCCACGUCGUCGCGGUGCCGAUCUCAGUGGCCCGCUUGUCGACGAUGCUGCGAUGGAACCUGUCCAUCUAUCACGCCGGCAUCUACCGCUCCUUCUUCUAUUUCCUGCUCGUGAUGGGCGCGAACCCGACGGUGCACCGCAUGGCGGCCGGCGUGCGGCAGCGCAUUUUGGCCACCACACAGUGCUCGAGCUUAUUCGGCCACCGCAGCGGCAGUAGCAACGGCAGCAAUAGUAGUCCUAACGAUGGCGAACGAAGGAAAGCGGAGCAGCAGGUGCGGCACGCGCUCUUGGCGCUAAGCGCGUCCUCAGACUCACCGGACGGCGAACUGCCAAAUGCCGACUUCACCUCGCGGAGUGCUUCGAUGGGUGAACGUGUGCGCGACAGCUUCGCGGAGGAAGGGGAUGUGGUACGUCAUCCUCCCCUAUCGGAUGAGCGGGUGGUGGAGGUGCUGUGUCUGCGGGUGCUGCCGCACGCACGUCCCGGUUCAGCACGCAAACAACUGUCUGUGGAACCGAAUGCGGUCCCUUCCUCUUUCCGUGGGUACCCGCUGCGGUACGUUGAGGUGCUCCCGACGUGGAGUCGCACGCCAGAAGAAGUAUUGAUCGACCUACGAGCAAAGCACUUGGUGGAACGGCGAGAAGGGACGUCCACAGCGACGUCGCCGUCCAAUCCUUUUUGGCUGGAGACGGAGGAGGAGCCAUACGUUCUCGUGUGUCCCAUGACGACGCUUACAGUGCGCGGUCGCCUGCGAGCUACGGCGGAGCGCUUUGCUGCCGUUGUGGCGGCGGGGCCCAUGACGGUGCGUCAGCUGAGCAUCAUCACACUGUGGGCGCACGAGUAUGGGGUGGAGAUGGCGGCAGAAAUGCUCUUUGUGGUGCUGCUGCUGAACGCGCAUUCCGUGCAGCUGUGCCCGCCCAGCGUGGCACGUGAAGGAGACGCAGGUGCUGCGGCCGCGGCGAGACGGGUCUACGGUGAUUGGGUCGUUAAAUUUCUCUAG